UAUGCACAAUUCACCGCAACGCAUAACACAGCGAAGCAUGUGUUUACACACACACACCUCCUCAAUCCCUCUCCCUCGGUUACGCGUGUAUCCUGCAUGCACCCCUCUCACCGCCCGUGGAUCCAGACCCGCUAUUAGAAAAAAACGCUUUUUCGGUCCCAAGAUUUCUACUGCUUGUACUACAAAGCCGAGAGGAGAAAAAAAACAUCAUAUGAUGCACGUGUCCGUUCCCCCGCAAACACUCCAUCGGCACUUGACUCGG